AUGCGCUGGAUCGAUACGGUCGCAAGUUAUUUGCCGAGCCUGAUCGUCAAUCAUCUCAUCAAACGCACUACAAACGAGGAGCUCCCCAGCAGACAAGAGUAUGACACGGUGUGCCUCUUCGCGGACGUGUCGGGCUUCACGGCCUUGUCGGAGGCGAUGAUGUCGUCCUCGGAGGGGGUGGAGGGGUUGGCGAAGCACCUCAACUCUUACUUCGGGCAGAUGGUUCGCAUCAUCGCGUCGGAAGGCGGAGACGUGUUCAAGUUCGCCGGAGACGCGUUGAUCGUCCUGUGGCCGCCCCCGACCAGGGAAGCACUGACGGACAUCUCCAUCAAGGGCCGGGAAAAAGAAUCUGGCGAGCGGGAGGGCACGACCCCGAUGGAGCGGAGGGUGCGGCGAGCGGCCCAGUGCGCCUUCGCGAUACAGGAGUCGCUGCACGACGCGGAGCUCACCCAGGAAGUGCGCCUGAGCGUCAAGAUCGGGAUCGGCAUGGGGCAGGUUUCGGUGCUGCACCUCGGCGGAGUGUACAAGCGCAUGGAGUACAUCGCGGUCGGCGAGCCGCUCCUGGAGGCCUUCACGGCGGAGCACCACGCUACCGCGGGAGAUGUCAUCAUCUCCAUGCAGGCGCACAAGCUCGUGAAGGACCACUUCCGCAACAACCAUCGCUUCGACGACGGGUACUGCCGCAUCAGCAAGGACCAGAACUACAACCCCAUGCGCAAGCAAAACAAGACGCGGAUGCUGCAGCAGAGCUUGGACGACCCCCUGCUGGAGGUGAAGGUCAAGGGGUACAUUCCCGGCGCCGUUCUGAGGAACCUUCGGCCUGACAGUCCCGAGGACGAGCACUGGAGCAACGAGAUCCGGCGAGUGACGGUGCUGUUCGUCAACCUUGGACUAAAGGAGCAAACGCUGCUGGCGGCGGCGGUCUACGACGAGGCGAUGAAAGAGAUGCACCAGGUGAUGGUGGCCGUGCAAGAGUCGGUCUACGAGUACGAGGGCAGCAUCAACAAGUUCCUGAUGGACGACAAGGGCUCCACCCUCGUCGCCGUGUACGGCCUUCCUCCCGUCGGCCACGCGGACGACCCUACAAGAGGCGUCCUGGCCGCUCUCAGGCAAGGCUGGGGCGCAGAUCCGGACGGGAGCGGCGGCGGCGGCGGCGGCGACGGUAACGGCAGUAGCGGCCGGAAGCAGUGGCCAGACGGGUUUGCUGAGUCGAAGCAGCCGAUCACCGAGGGGGGCCAACCCGCAGAGAGUGCUCCGGACGAGAUGAAGGUGGAGCAGCAGCGGUGUGAGGGGGGGUCGAACGGCGGCGAAGGCAUUUGCAAGGACGGGCCGGCGACAGCUGCCCCAAAGGUACAGCCCGGAACCUUCCGCCUCGGCCCGCCCGGACUCCCCAUCGACGACGACGAGAUCUUGCCGCCGAACCGGGUAGGCCGGAGAAGACGGUCCUCCCGCCGGCUGUCCGUCUCGCAGAACGGGAUGGUGCCGCUGCCGGCGUCCGCGGGAAUCCCGCAGUCCGACUUGGGAGCUUCGGGUUCUUGCUCGCUCCCGAGGUACAGCAGAUACCACAAGCAGCAGUUCGGCGCAGGGUCCGUGAGCUCGGGGCUCGCGUCCGGGCACGGGGUCAGCCGCAGCGGCCACAGCCAAAUGAACGUCAGCGGGAUGACCCAGUCGUCUUCUGGAUCGAGCAAUGCCCCCACCGCCCCCACGCUGUUCAACAAGACCCGGAGGGGAUUAGAUGACAGCGCGUCGUCCUCGUCGACUAGUUUCAACGGGGGCCCCGUGUUGCGGGCACACCCCGUGAGCGGGGACGUCUACGAUAACGAGUGCAGGCUGCAGGUGGUGAUUCCUAGGGGUUGGAAAUGGAGCAGCCUGCCGGCCCACUGCCACCGCCUGCCGGCGAUCAACAUCAACGAGACCCCAACCUUCAAGGCCCUCGUCGACCGCUGCUGGGAAGUCGCCUGCGAGGAGGUGGAGGUGAAGGGCUGGCCGCAGCCCGCCCCUAGCCGGCAACACAUGGUGCUCAACAUCCUGGGCACCCGCGUGAUGCUUCCCACGGAACCGGACUACGACAUCGACCUGCUGCCGCACUUCGUCAAGGAGGCUAGCGGAACCAGGGGACUGAAAGGGAUGUGCGAGCGACUGUUCGACUUGGCUAAGGUUGGGUCGGUGGGCAUCACCACCGGCGAGGCGUUUUGCGGCGUUGUUGGCUCCAAGACCCGGAAGGAGUACACGGUACUGGGGGACAGCGUGAAUCUUGCCGCGAGACUGAUGCAAAGAGCUGUGUCCGAGGAUGGAGGCGUGAUGUGCGAGCUGGCCACGAAGCGGGCGUGCGGCGGGCUGUUGCAGUUCAAGGGGCGGGGCGACUUCCGCAUCAAGGGCAAAACAGCGGCGGCCAAGGUGUUCCAGCCGUACCCGGAGGACUUCCCCAAGCCAGACCCGCCGCAGUACCUGGGUGCCAACGUGUACGGCCUCAUCCACCAGCAGCAGCGGCAGAACUACGCCAUGCACAAGCUGCUCACCAGCUUGCAGGCCUACUUCGCCCGGCCUGCCGUCAAGGAGAGCCGCAUCUGUCUCCUGCAGCACAAGAUAGCCCUGGUGGGCACGGGUACCGGGUCUGUGGUGCUGCUAGAGGGGCUCCCCGGCGCCGGAAAGACGGAGGUCCUGAGCGUCUUCGCCGCCCGAACGAUGCCUCGGAAGGCGCUGAUUCACUUCACGGCCGCGUCGCCGUACCACGUCAACAAGGGCUUCGGCGGCUGGUCCAUGGUGCUGCAGCAGUACCUGGACUCGCUCUACAAGCAGGAGGUUGUAGCGGGAAACCAAGACUUUAGCGGCCACGGCGGUGUGCGGCGGCCCUCUGUCCCCCCGGUCGCUAGCGGUGGUGAGCAGGCCAACGGGGCUAGCAUUCUGGGGCAACAGCCGCUGGGCGGCAGAGAUCGGAUGCUCCUGAGAGAACUGGAGGGUUUCCCCGAGAUGCAUGCGUACGCCUUCCUCGUGAACGACGUCCUGGGCACCAACAUCCCCAACAACAGGCAGACCUGGGACACGUACUCGAGUGCCUCCUCAUCCAUGAACGCUGACGGGAUGAACGGCAACGAGUCGGACAGCUCGGACUUCGACGAAAGCACCAGCGUGGGGCACGAGCAGAGGGUCAAGCUGUCGAUCCUGCUGCAGCUGGUCAAGAGCAUGGCCGCCAGCAAGCCCCGUAUCGUUGUAAUCGAUGAUGCGCAAUUCCUGGACAAGGACAGCUGGACGCUUGCCCUGCAGAUCGCAACCUGUGAGCAAUCAAAUCAACGAGUUGAUGACGUGGUACAAUAG